CCCCUCCCCUCGACCUUACUCAUCACUUGCUUCCACAAUAAGCUACCCAAUUUCUUUCUCGAGCUACUUGGACCUGCUGUCAAGCUACCUCAUCACUUCUCUCCUAAGCACCUUUUCUCACUGCUGCCGUGAGCCACCUCCGCUAUCCCCCCUGCUCGUUGCAACUCAAUUCCCCCGGCAUCUACCCACAUCUUUCACUAUACAUCUUCCGCUGGAUCCACGCUGUGCAACACCACGCCGCUCCAGACAGCAAGUCAAUCUAUUCACCGAAAGCUUAGUACAACCAAUGUGCCCAUAUGCCGUCACGGUCCCCAUAUAACCCGUCCCAUCCUCCGACGUCCGCCUCUCCGUCCGGCCACAUCCAUCCUGCUGCGAUACCUUUCCCGGCAGAGGGAAACUCGCCCUAUCGGAUUCCACAAGAUGCUCCAGGCCAAGCGUCCAUGACUGGGAACCCAGCCACAUCGCCUCCGUAUCGUCGGGGACAUUCUCGUUCCAUCAGUCAUCCGUUCCCCUCGCCCUUCGGUGGAAUCGCUAAACGGCGCAAUCGGUCAAUUUCUAAAAAGGAUAACUUCUUGUUCGACUCCGAUGAUGAAGAUGAUGAUGAGGUUACGUACCUGCCAGAUCCUCACUCUUCCAGCCCUCGUAAGGGGCCCCCGCGUCCGAUUGCUGCCGAAGAGAUGACCUCGGGAAAAUGCAUGGUUUGCAACAGCACGGUGCGUUGGCCGCGAAAUCUCAAGGUUUUUCGGUGCACAGAAUGUUUGACUGUGAACGACUUGGAGCCGUAUGUGGACUCGGACAAGACUGGCAGCCAUGGCAUUUCAGGAAAUGAUGGGAAAGCACCCACCCCAGUGGUGCCCAGAAAAGCUAUUCCACUUUCUGUCGAGCGAACAAAGACUAUCCUAGACGAAUGCCUGUCCAAAUACCUCCAACAGCUCCUCGAUAUUCCACAGCAGCAAAACCCAUCGCUCGAGAAUUAUAGUGGAAAGCGCUUGGAGAUCGCGCAAGAUGAGAAUCUGUCACAGUCCCCGAACCAGUCGUCCGGGUAUUUGUCUGAACCUCGGCAGCCAGUGGACCCACGGGGUGGUAGCUCUUCUACGUCCAGUAAGCCCAUGAAGCUGGAUACAAUGGGCGGAAUUCCGAACUACUCGAAGCCUAAUCUGACGCCUUCUUAUGCUCAUGGGGAAAGGAAAGGCUCGCAGAUGAGAAGUCGGGAUGCUCAAAACACACCGAGGCGUGAUCGUUCGCCUCGGAAUGCUGCACCAUUAAACAGUUCGGACGCUAAGAUCCCCACCCGUCGAACAUACAUCUUCAGGUCGCUCGAGGAAUAUAUCAUCACCUCCUUCAAAGGAUGUGAUUGCUUAAAUAGCUCCUUUACUACCGUACAGCCGACAUUGCAAACUGCCGAUCACAGCAGCCCACCGAAGCAGAAAGCGGAACCAAGCUCUGCACAGGCCCCCAGCCAGGUAGCAUUCGAGCCAGAUCCGAAGCUGCUGCUUCUGGGAGAUAUUGCAGAAAACUCAUCUUGGUGGAUGAACGAAGUCGAACAGAUCAGUAGCACACAUCCGUCGCGUUCGAAAGAACGCCGAGAGAAGUCCUCGAGUUCGUCUAGACCCGUUUCCUCCCGGAGCCCUCGGAUCAAUUGGGCAGAACUUGCACAGUGGCACAACAUGAUCAUGAUAGCAGGGACAUCAUGGGUCGAACUUUGGUCAACGAUGAAGCCCCUUGAGGUGAAGAAAGAAGAUGACGUCCUCAGAGCUCAAAAAUGGGACACCAUCGACCUAGCAAUGGUCGACAGAGAGAUCACCGAAUCACGGUUGCAUUUGCACCGAACGCUCUUGAAGGCCACAGAGAACCUCCUGAAACGGCCCAGGCGGCCUUUGAAAAAGCCCGAGGAUAUCAGAUUUCUACUGAUGCUACUGACAAACCCAUUGAUCCAUCCGUCCAGUCCAGCUCUGGCGGCUUACACUUUGACACCUUCAGCGGCCCGCAGUGACCGGAGACCCUCUCAUCCGAAAGAUGGCAAUUCGAGACCAGCACCUCGUGAUUUGAAGCCACCUCCGAAACUCCGAAGCAGCGGUCCAGGGCAUCAUUUUGGCAUUAUUAAGCGGAUAAUGGGGUUAUUGGCUAACUUGCCGAAUGACUGCCAUCAUUACCUCGUUUCCUGGUUUUCGCGUUUCUCGGCUGGGCAAUUCGAGAAGAUCGUCGACCUUGCCGGUAGCUUCGUUACCCAUCGUUUAGCACGCCAGCAUGGCCGGAAACGCAGCGAGUCGGCGCAGCACGACGAUAGUUUGGUGCCUAGCUUUUCUAGCGCCGCCGGCAACACUCCGGCUGAGCUGCAUGCUGCCAUCAACGGCAGGAGCCCCAAUAAACCAGGGAAUGAAAAGCGCGACCGGCCCGUGGUCUAUACUGAUGACUGGCAGGUUCGAGCUGCGGCCCGCGUGAUGUCGUUGCUCUUCACGGCUAACAACGCGAGCGUUACUCGGAAGCCGGAUGGCAUCCUCGGCCAAGAUGCGGGCCCGGCGGCCAAACAUCAAGCCAGUCGGCGAGGACAUAUGAUUCCGAUCAGCUCCUUCUACAACACCCUGCUGGACUAUUCCGACCUCGUGGCCGACUUUGAGGCCUGGGAAUCGAAGACGACGAAGUUUUCUUUCUGUCAGUAUCCGUUCUUCCUGAGCAUCUGGGCCAAGAUCCAUAUCCUCGAACAUGAUGCCCGCCGCCAGAUGGAGGUCAAGGCCCGCGAGGCAUUCUUCAACAGUAUAAUGAGUCGGACGGCGAUCAGCCAGUAUCUCGUACUGAAGGUGCGGCGCGACUGUUUGGUCGAAGACAGCCUUCGUGGGGUCAGUGAAGUGGUUGGCUCUAGCCAAGAGGAAAUCAAGAAGGGGCUUCGGAUUGAGUUCUUGGGCGAAGAGGGUGUUGAUGCGGGAGGUCUUCGCAAGGAAUGGUUUUUGCUGCUGGUCCGGGAAAUCUUUGAUCCUCAUCACGGGCUAUUCAUCUACGAUGACGACUCGCGGUAUUGUUAUUUCAACCCAUACUGCUUUGAGUCAUCGGAGCAGUUCUUCCUCGUCGGAGUGCUACUAGGGCUUGCCAUCUACAACUCCACUAUUCUCGACAUUGCUCUGCCUCCUUUCGCAUUUAAGAAGCUCCUAGCUGCGGCGCCGCUGUCAUCGAUCACGCGGCCCACGUACAAGUGCAGCCUGGAUGAUCUGGCCGAACUCCGACCCGCGCUUGCCAAGGGACUUCGGGCGCUUUUGGAGUUCGAAGGGGACGUUACGGAUACGUUCUGCUACGACUUUGUCGCGCAAGUAGAUCGAUAUGGCGAGGUGGUGCCGGUGCCACUCUGCGCCGGGGGCGAGAACCGGCCGGUGACAAACGCCAAUCGCCGCGAGUUUGUAGAUCUGUACGUGCACUAUCUGCUGGACACGGCGGUCACGCGGCAAUUCGAGCCGUUCAAACGGGGGUUCUUCACAGUGUGCGGGGGCAAUGCGCUCUCUCUUUUCCGUCCGGAGGAAAUCGAGCUCCUGGUGCGCGGCUCGGACGAGCCGUUGGAUGUGGCGUCCCUGCGGGCGGUUGCCACGUAUGACAACUGGUCUAAUGCGCGGCCGGAGACGGAGCCGGUGGUGCGGUGGUUCUGGGACUUUUUUGAGCAGACACAACCUCAGGCGCAGCGGAAGAUCCUGUCGUUUGUAACGGGGAGUGAUCGGAUCCCGGCCAUGGGGGCGACGAGCCUCUCGAUCCGGCUGGUGUGCCUGGGGGACGACUCGAGCCGUUUCCCGACCGCGCGGACAUGCUUCAACCAGCUGGGACUGUAUAGGUAUGAGACGCGGGAGAGGCUGGAGCAGGUGCUGUGGGAUGCAGUGCUGAACAGCGAAGGGUUUGGGCUGAAGUAGACAGGGAGCAGGACUCCCGGGUUCGAAUCUUGGGACGCGGCGGGACAGUCUCAGUGGCGUCUUGGGGGCAUUGCCGGGAUUACGGGCAUUAUAGGCAUUAGCACUAAUCAUUCCUGU